AUGGGCGGCAAGGUGCCGGGCGGCUUCCGCAUCGGCGAGCGCGUCUACCUCACGGCGUUCGAGCAGUCAUCCGACAAGGAGGAGACCCCUGACCGGUUCAUGGUGACGGGCUGGGGCGAGGAGGGCGUGCGCGUGCGGCUGGAUGGCGGGAGCGAGGUCAACUGCGGCGUCGCUUCGCUGAACCGCGAGGGCCCGCCGCCUCGCUUCCCGGGCGGGUUCCUGUACGGCGAGCAGCUCUACUACACCGGCCCGAGCCUGGAGACGUGGCUUCCUUCCGCACACUGGGACGGGGGGGACGGGGUGCACAAGACAGCACCACCAUUGAGCCUCUCAAUGCAGUUCGAGGGCAACCGCGACCGGAUCAGCUGCACCCUCGCGCGACUGAGCGAGGAGGAGUGGGGCGCCGGGUUUAUGGCGUGGUUUUGCAGGUUCUACAUCCCGAAGCUCGACGAGCCAAAGCUGCAGAUCCCGGACGUGCACGGCGAGGGGAACGGCAGGGGGCCCGGCGACCACAGCUCGCCGAACCCGGCAGACCAGUGCUUCGCUAUGACUCUCCUUCCAAUCACUGGCGAUGGAGUGCUCCCACAGGCGACCAAUUCACCAUACUCGGCUUGCAGUGCUUCGCAGACUCCUUGCAAUCACUGGCGAUGGAUCGCUCCUCCAGGCGACCAGUUCACCAUGCGGUGGUUCCUCGACCACGCUGUCGUCGACGCCCUCCUGGAUGACCCCCAGUCGCCGCUCGAGCGCGACGCCGCCAUCUUCGACCUCAAGAUGCUGCUCAUGGCGAGGGGUCUUGCUGACUACCACUACCAGGCGACCGCCCUGUUCCACGUGCACCGCGCGUGGAGGACGACCCCCUACCACGGAGUUGGGGGCUGGCUCGGGGCAUACACGACCAUCGUCGCCGGGGAGGGGUCCCGGCUGGCGGGGGACGUGGCCACGCCGGGCUCCGGGGCGUACUACCGCCAGAUCCUCGUGGGGAGCGUCGCCGCGUGGUUCGGCUGCUACCUCCUCCUCUACCUCAUCGUCCGGCGCCGCUCCGCGCUCCCUGGCGCCGCCGCUUUCCGAGUCACGACCAAUCUGCCGCGAGACUCGGACGUGUUCACUGUCGACAUCACGCCCCUCGGAUAG